AGGGCCUAUCCCUCACCACUUUUAUUCUUCUUCCCGGACAAUCACAUUCAUGGCUGCUACCUCUGUUUCCUCAAUUCAAAUCCCAAUUCACAGAUAUGGAUCAUUUCUCAACUGCCCAAACAAAAAAUUCAUCUCCAAACCAAGCUAUGUCCCACUCAAAAGGGCAUCAUCAUCAUCAUCGUCAUCAUCGGUAGUGAGGAUCGCAGCAUCCAUGAAGAACAAGGUUUACGAAGAUCGUUCUGAGGGCAUAGUGUGUUACCAAGAUGAGCGAGGGGAAAUCAUUUGCGAAGGGUAUGAUGAAGGGCCCUGUUUUCAAAGAAUUCCAGACCUCACCAACAAUCAUCCAAGAGAGAGAGAGGCUCAAAUCACCAAUCUUCUUCUUCGACAGAGUUGGCUUCAGAUAGUGAAAGGAGAGAAGAACUCCAACGAUGGCGCUGUUGAAGAAGGCCGUGUCAGAAAGGACUUUAACUGUAAUGGUUUUAACUCACUGUGCUAAUUCAUUACCUUAUUCGAUCUCAUCUUUUCAGACUCGGAGAUCUUAGCAGCAUAUAUAUAUGUAUAUCUAUAUACAGACUGUGUAUGUAUGAAAAAGGCUUUUUGUGACAAAGGAAAAGGAUGUUAGCAACAUGUGCAGAGGGUUUUGUUCCUCUUGCCACUUGUAACUUUUAAGGCUUCAUAAUGGGAAUGCCACCUUUGCUUAA